GAAGGCGCCAAAAAGCUUGGCUUACGACUAUCAUCACCAUUCUCAAACCAUUCAGGGCCGCGCAGGAGCGUCAAGCAUGUCGACAGCCUUCUUGGCGUCUUCUGGUACGCGCAUGCCUUUCCCCAGGAAUGCCAGGAGGUGAAACGAGAGAUCGGUAGCCCGGUCCACCCCAUCUUCAAUGUGAUGCCUCUGUUUUCUCACCUUCAGUCGUCGUCUUUUCCCUUAUCGUCUGUUCGAGCGAACAACCUGCCGAUUUCCCUGUUUUCUCGAUAACCCGUCCCCGAGACACCUACCGCUCCACCCGUCCUUACCGAGUCGCUCUUUCUUUCGUCUCUCGCUCUUGCCUUCUCGUUUCUCCACAUCCGCCAUGAUACCCCGGAUAGCGCUCUCGGCGCUUCUCUACGCCUCCACCGCAUUCGCUGUGUGCACCAAGCUCGAAGACUGUCCCCAAUUCGAAGCCCUCAAAACCGAUGAAUGUCAGACCUACCAUCACUUCCUCGCCCGCGGCUCUACCUCGCCCUACCCGGGUCACGUCAUCGAGACUGUCGGCAAAGUGUGCAACGCACUCAAUACCAAGGAAAACCCCAAGGCUUGCGGAUAUGAGGAUGUGCAGUAUUGGGCCAUGAACGGUGGAGAGCGAUGGUGCAUAUCCUCGCACGAGGGUGCCAUGAACGGCGCCGAGCAGAUGAGGAACUACACUGCCCGCUGCCCAGACAGCCACUUGAUCGUGAUGGGCUUCAGCCAGGGUGGAAGCGUCAUGCUUGAUGUGCUUGGUGGCGGUGGUGGUCCACUAUGGGGCUGCACGCAAGAAGAAAACCCGGCCAUGAACAUUACAAGUGCGCCUGGCUCCAAGGUCGCAGCAGCAGUCGUAUUCGGCCCUACACGACGUUCCGCAAACCAAACCUUCACUCAUGGCGGCGGCGAGAUCUCAAACGGCGGCGCACCACGAACAGCCGAGCAGAAUGCAGGACUCCAGCCCUAUGCUGACGCCGGCAAGCUCCGCGAAUACUGCCAGCCCGGCGACCCGAUUUGUGCACCCCAGAGCGAGAACAAAGACAUGUCCAAGCACCUGAACUACUUCGACCUGUUCGGUGAUGAGGCAGCGCAAUGGGUCAUUGACCUCGCCAAGAAAGCUGAGAGCGGCGAUCGCACGUCCGGCGCGAAGAGCAUGCUACACCAGACCAUCUCCCAUCCUGUCGCCAACAUCUUCGUUCUCAUCUUUGUGCUGUUCGUCAUAUAGUAAGUCUAUUUCCAUACAGUGGUUCCAUAGAAGCGCGAUAGACGGAGUGGCGUUAAAACUUCUGGGUUUGCCAUCGUGAAAGAAUGUAGACUUAUACCGUGCAGUUUCGCAGUGAGGAAGUUCGCCGUGUGGAAGACCUCGCGCUUC